GGACUUUCUAGGUUGCUUAGAGGAAGUUGGACAAUGUCUGGCUCUCGAUGGCCUGAUUUCUGGGGCAGUGUGGGGAUACCGCUAACCCGCAGAUCCACUCUCCUCGUGGGCGUUCCUGUUCUGGGAACGAUCAUCCCUGCUUCACUUGAAUGCAUAUAAAUCAGUAGCAUGUCUUCAGGAUCUUCUACCUUCAGUCCUGGCACUUCUCUUUGGAUUCUCAACAUGGCGGAGAAACACGAUGCAAAGCAACCUAUCUCUAACAAACUCAUCGCAGCAAAUGAUGAGGCUCGACAUGCUGCCGCUGACGAGAAGUCCAUGUCCUUAGCGCAGGCCAUCAAGCUUUACCCCAAGGCUGUGGGAUGGUCGGUACUACUCUCUAGUGCAUUGAUCAUGGAGGGAUAUGAUCUUGCACUGCUGGGGAGUUUGUAUGCCAGUCCGCAGUUCAAUAUGAGGUAUGGGGUGCAGAAUCUGGAGACGGGGAAGUGGAGUGUGCCAGCCAACUGGCAAUCUGCUUUAUCGAAUGGUGCGAGAGCUGGCGAAGUACUUGGUCUCCUCAUUAAUGGUGUAGUCAGUGAGCGAUAUGGGUACAGGAAAACCAUGAUAGCGUCUCUGCUUGCAAUGAUUGCAUUCAUUUUCAUCCUGUUCUUCGCGCCUAAUGUUCACAUCCUUGUCAUUGGAGAAGUAUUCUGUGGCAUUCCGUGGGGCAUCUUUCAGACCUUGACAACACAAUAUGCUUCGGAAGUCAGUCCUGUAGUGCUAAGGCCAUAUUUAACUACUUUUGUCAAUAUGUGCUGGGUGAUGGGCCAGUUCAUUGCAGCGGGUGUUAACCGAGGAUGCGUUCAACGCAACGACCAGUGGGCAUACCGCAUACCAUUCGCCGUUCAGUGGAUCUGGCCUGUUCCUAUCAUAAUUGGAGUUAUAUUCGCCCCUGAGAGCCCAUGGUGGCACAUCCGGAGGGGCAAUCGUACCGCAGCAAGAGCAGCACUCCUCCGUCUCACAUCGCCUGAGAAGGAUCCUAAUUUCAAUCCUGAUGAUACAAUCGCACUUAUCGAACACACGAACGAGCUAGAGAAGAGUAUGUCAGAGGGAACAAGUUACCUUGACUGCUUUAAGGGCAUUGAUCUGAGGAGAACGGAAAUUGUGUGCUGUACUUGGGUUGCGCAGACGAUUGUGGGAACCAAUAUCAUGGGCUACUUCACCUACUUCAUGACAAAGGCUGGCCUUCCUACCGUCCAAUCCUUCAACAUGUCUAUGAUUUCUCUCGCACUUGGUCUCGUUGGGACAAUGGGCUCUUGGUUCCUGAUGUCCAAGCUUGGUCGCCGUACGAUACAUUUCGCCGGCUGUUGUUCUCUCUUCACGAUCCUCAUCAUCGUGGGGGCGGCAUCUUUUGCUGGAACAACCGCCUCGCUCUGGGCAAUCGGCGGCAUGCUGAUUCUGUUCGUUUUCGUUUAUGACUUCACAAUCGGUCCUGUGACUUAUUCCAUCGUAUCUGAGAUGUCAUCCACUCGGCUGAAAUCGAAGACCAUCGUGCUUGCGCGAGCUCUAUACAACACAUCAAAUAUCGUCGUCAACGUCCUGACCAACUACCAACUCGGGGCAGCAGCCUGGAACUGGGGAGCUAAAACUGCCUUCUUCUGGGCUGGUACAUGCGGUUGUGUCGUAGUAUGGGUAUAUUUCAGGCUUCCGGAACCGAAAGGGAGAACUUAUGGAGAGUUGGAUCUUUUGUUUGAGCAGAAAGUGUCGGCGAGGAAGUUUAAGGGAAUGAAUGUUGAUCCAUAUGGGCGUGCACAGACCUCAACUCGCUCUUCAACGUCAACCCCUCAGUCGCCUCAAUGCAGGAUGAGUAAUUUUAUAUCGCACCUUUCGCCAGCCUGCGAUGCAUGCCGUAAACGGAAGAUCAAAUGCAAUCGCCAGCAGCCCUGUCAACGAUGUGUCGACUCUACACUAUCGUGUGCUUAUACAUCCAAACAGAUCAGGGGCGGUAAUCGAGGAACGAGAGCUACUGUGCUCAAUGAGCUUCGUAGCGUUCGCGAACUGGAGUCCCCGGCUCAAUCGAAACAUGAAGAAGAUGGAAAUCUCCAGUCAUAUGGCUAUGCUGAUGAUGGCACUUUGGGAAUCGUCCCGGUUAACGUCUUCAUCACAGCAUACCUCCAGCGGAUUCAACACACUGUGCCGUUCCUGAACCAGGAGAUUCUUGAAAACGAGGCGCAUCAAGCACCUCGCUCUGUGCUGAGCCGUCUUUUUAUUACUUCUUUCUGUGCCUAUGUUGCGACCUUUGAUAAUGUGUUUGAUGGCUUGGACCUCAACCUUACUAGUUAUUCCCAGCAGGAAUUUGCAAAGCUUUUUGUAGUUUCUGCUCUCAAGGCCCAAGACCGUUCAAGGAUUAUUUCCCCGUCUUGCCAAUCUGUAUUUAUUUCGUUCUUUCUAUAUGGCGCACUCGCGGGAACGGGCAACUAUCGCCAGGGAUGGUACUACCUUCGAGAGGCCACAACACUCUUUCUCAUGUGUAAAGAGGGAGAUAUGGUGAGUCCUUAUACCUCAAGUAUUCGCGAAAAGCUGUUCUGGAUUCUCUUGAUCUCUGAGCGUGCCCACGGCAUUCGUCGAAGCCGGCCCAUCACUUUACAACCCACUUCCGAGACACCUCCUCUCACUACUCCCGCUGAAUACGGGCUACGGUGCCUUGCAAGCCUAUUCUAUUAUUUCGAUGACGCUUUUUUUGUUGUAUGGAAUGGCUCGCGACAUGAGUGUAACAAGGAAUGGCUUCUCGGCUUGGAAAGAGAUGUUCGGACCGCUCUGCCUGUUUCUCUCGAUCUUUCCAACGACCAGAUAGCUAAUCUUCGUGUAUCCCAAUUGUGGCUGCGGAUCAAACUUUGGGAGCUCUUUCCACGCUUUGGUUUCCUAUCGAGCGAGUCAGCAUAUGAAUGCUUAACGUUUAAAUACCCUAUUUCCGUUGCGAAGGACCUCACCAUCCUAGCAAUGAAGCUACCUACGAGGAGCCUUCAAAUCCAUGGGGUUGGGAUGACUGAGAAAGUGUUUGACAUCGCUUGUGCCCUCACUGAUGUCUUACCUUUUGUGUCGUCCUUGACACCUCAAUUUGAACUUGGCCCUAUCGAUUACCUUACACAGACAAUGUCCUUACUGGCAAAGCUUCCAGACGGCCGGUCCAGAUUCCUCCCACUGUUAUCGAUUAAGCUGAAUGAGCUACUACUCCCUGAAGUGGUCAUACAUUUGCGCGAAGCUCUUUCGGAUGUCUUCACCUCUGUAGACUCACCUUUGAGCCCGCAUCAGUCUCGUUCUGUGUAUGAAGAAGAGGUCACAAACUCCCUGUACGCGACCUUAAGAAGCGCUGGUGACCAGAGCAAUCAUACCGCCCAGGUCAGUGAAAGCAACCAGGUCGAUAGAUGA